AUGGCCAAAUACCGCUCGCGCGAGGUCCGGAGACGAUACCACUGGCCCGAACUCCAGCUAAAUAUCUGGAUCAUGAUCGUGCUCUCGUGUUCCGCAACUUGUCUGGGUAUUUUCUCCUGGUUCAUGACUGUGCAAACGCAAAUGCAUCUCGGGACACCUUGGCUAUUCCCCUACAUGGCCGUAACCAGUGCGCUGGGCGUGGCAUUCAUCUUCGUGGUCCUCAUUCUAGCCCAGCGUCAUUUCCUCUUACCGGGGAUAAUCAUCAUCGGAAGCUUUAUUCUUUUCGUGCUGUGGUUGACGGGUCUGAUCGAGACUUCGUUACAGCUUUAUGGUGUUGUUGCGAAUGUCAAUUCCAAUUGCCAGAUCUAUGUUACGAAUAACAAGUCUUGGGGGAAUAAUAUUAAUACCCUGGCUUGGUUGACGCAGAAUACGAUUUGCAAUUGCUGGAAAACUGCUUUUGCUCUUGAGCUUGUCAAUACGAUCUUCUAUCUUUGGAUGAUUGUUAUGUCUUGGCAGGUUAAUCGUGAUGUUUAUGAUUGA